GAAACCUGUGGGACGUAGGAACUGAAACUCGGCUCCGCUGCUGUUUCCGCCGGAGCCUCCCCAGCGUCACGGACGGCCGGAAGUGGGCGCAAAUUUAAACAGCCGCCACAGCGACGAUAAAGACGAACUUUGACUUUACGGCGUCAAAUGAGCCCGCGUUCGACGAGAAGCUGAAGAGGAGGCGCACGGGGGAUUUGUUUCAGGUGCAGUCAGAAUUGGUCCAAGCUGCCGGCACCAGUAUGGAAGAAGAAAUAAAGAUGGCAGAACAAGGAGACGGUGCAGGUGAAGAGGGGGAGUCCAGUGCAGACAUAGCCAUCAACAGCAGUCCCAUUAAAAGAAGACGUGGGAGGCCACAAGGUUCAAAGAAGCUGAAGGUGCAGUCAGAAUUGGUCCAAGCUGCCGGCACCACUAUGGAAGAAGAAAUAAAGAUGGCCGAGACAGAACAAGGAGAUGAUGCAGGUGAAGAGGGGGAGUCCAGUGCAGACAUAGCCAUCAACAGCAGUCCCAUUAAAAGAAGAAGUGGGAGGCCACAAGGUUCAAAGAAGCUGAAGGUGCAGUCAGAAUUGGUCCAAGCUGCCGGCACCACUAUGGAAGAAGAAAUAAAGAUGGCAGAACAAGGAGACGGUGCAGGUGAAGAGGGGGAGUCCAGUGCAGACAUGGCCAUCAACAGCAGUCCCAUUAAAAGAAGAAGUGGGAUGCCACAAGGUUCAAAGAAGCUGAAGGUUUGUGUAACGGACAUCAAACUCAUGGAGCUGGUGUCAGGCAUUUCCAACGGUGGGUCCACGCAGCCCCAGAAAGGAAGAGGGAGUCCAAAACUCUCCAUCACGACACACACAGAGGAGGAGGGAUCAGGAGACGACCAGGCUCCUGAUUCUGUGCCCGCUCACAGGGCUAAAGGGAGUCCUAAGGGCACACAGCCCCAGAGAGGAAGAGGGCGUCCAAAACUCUCCAUCACGACACACACAGAGGAGGAGGAGGAGGAGGAGGGAUCAGGCGACGACCAGGCUCCUGAUUCUGUGCCCGCUCACAGGGCUAAAGGGAGUCCUAAGGGCACGCCGCCCCAGAGAGGAAGAGGGCGUCCAAAACUCUCCAUCACGACACACACAGAGGAGGAGGAGGAGGAGGGAUCAGGCGACGACCAGGCUCCUGAUUCUGUGCCCGCUCACAGGGCUAAAGGGAGUCCUAAGGGCACGCCGCCCCAGAGAGGAAGAGGGCGUCCAAAACUCUCCAUCACGACACACACGGAGGAGGAGGAGGAGGAGGAGGAGGAGGGAUCAGGCGACGACCAGGCUCCUGAUUCUGUGCCUGCUCACAGGGCUAAAGGGAGUCCUAAGGGCACGCCGCCCCAGAGAGGAAGAGGGCGUCCAAAACUCUCCAUCACGACAUACACAGAGGAGGAGGAGGAGGGAUCAGGCGACGACCAGGCUCCUGAUUCUGUGCCUGCUCACAGGGCUAAAGGAGUCCUAAGGCACGCCGCCCCAGAGAGGAAGAGGGCGUCCAAAACUCUCCAUCACGACAUACACAGAGGAGGAGGAGGAGGAGGAGGGAUCAGGCGGCGACCAGGCUCCUGAUU